AUGCCGCCGAGAACGCAGACCCAGAAUCCGGCGCCGGCGCCAAACCCUCCGGAGGAUUUCGCUUUGAAGGAGACAUCCCCGAAUCUCGGGGGCGACAGAGUUACCACGACGUUUCAUCUCGUCGAGCAAAUGGACUACCUGUAUGUCAGGGUAGUCAAGGCCAAGGAGUUGCAUCCGAAGAACGUUAAUAAUGGCGGCUGUGAACCGUACGUUGAAGUGAAGCUUGGAAACUACAAGGGUGUUACACAGAAUUCUCAGAACAAGUCCAACCCAGAAUGGAACCGGGUCUUUGCGUUCCUGAAAGAUCGAAUUCAGGCCUCAUUUGUUGAGGUUAACGUGAAAGAUAAGGAUUCCGGUGGCGACGAUUACAUCGGCAAACUGGUCUUCGAACUCUCCGACGUUCCGAAGAGAGUUCCGCCGGACAGUCCGUUGGCACCGCAAUGGUAUAAUCUGGAAAAUCGGAACGGGCUUCGGGUCAGACCCGAGUUGAUGCUCGCCGUCUGGAUGGGGACUCAGGCCGACGAGGCGUUCCCCGAGGCUUGGCAUUUGGACGCCGCCGGGGCUAUCGGCGAAGGCGUAGCGAAUAUCCGAUCCAAGAUAUAUCUCUCCCCGAAGCUGUGGUAUCUCAGAGUGAACGUGAUCGAGGCCCACGAAUUGCAGCCGAGUGACCGGACUAGGCCGCCGGAAGUUUUCGUGAAGAUUGCGCUGGGGAACGUGCUAAUGAGGACCAGGAUUUCUCCGACCAAGACUGUGAAUCCGAUGUGGAACGAAGACUUGAUGUUCGUAGUUGCAGAACCGUUCGAGGAACAGUUGGUUUUAAGCGUGGAAGAUAAAGUGGCGCCGAAUAAAGAUGCAAUUUUGGGUAAGUGUGGAAUUCCUUUGCUGAACGUUGAAAAGAGGACAGAAUGCAGUUGUGUGAGUAGCCGGUGGUACAAUCUCGAGAAGCCAUCUGCAGGCGGCGGCGGCGGUCAGAAGAUUGCCGGCAGGAUUCAUAUGAGGGUAAGCAUGGACGGCGGGUACCAUGUUCUUGAUGAGUUGACUCAGUACAGCAGCGACCUCAGGGCGACUGAAAAGCAGCUCUGCAAGCCCGGCAUGGGGGUGUUGGAAUUGGGGAUUUUGAGCGCUCAAGGCUUGUCGGCAAUGAAGACGAGGGACGGCCGGGGGACAACCGAUGCGUAUUGCGUGGCCAAGUACGGGCAGAAAUGGAUCCGGACCAGGACAAUCAUAGACAGCCUGAACCCGAAAUGGAAUGAACAGUAUACUUGGGAGGUGUUUGAUCCUUGCACUGUGAUCACAAUUGUGGCAUUUGACAACUGCCACCUGCACGGAAUUAAGGAUAAGGGAGUCCAUGAUGCCCGAAUGGGGAAAGUUAGGAUUCGGCUAUCGACACUCGAAACGGAUAGAGUCUAUACCCAUUCAUACCCGCUUAUAGUCCUACAUCAGUCCGGGGUGAAAAAAAUGGGAGAAAUUCAAUUGGCAGUAAGAUUCACUUGCUCCUCAUUGUUCAACAUGAUCCAGACCUAUUCACUGCCCCUUUUGCCCAAAAUGCAUUAUCUUCACCCACUGUCUAUCUUUCAGCAAGACAGUUUAAGGCACCAAGCGACUCAAGUGAUCUCGACGAGGCUGAGCCGGGCGGAGCCGCCUCUAAGAAGAGAGGUGGUGGAAUAUAUGCUCGAUGUGGGAUCCCAAAUGUGGAGCAUGCGCAAAAGCAAAGCCCACGUUUGCCGUAUUGCCGACGUUCUAUCCGGCCUCGCCAAAGUGUCCCAAUGGUUCGACGAUAUACGCACCUGGAAAAGUCCUUUCACGACGACAAGUGUACAUUUAUUGUGCCUGCUACUGAUCAUCCACCCAAAGCUAAUUCUCAGCACGGUCUUGCUUUCAAUUUUGUUGGUGGGUCUUUGGAACUACCGGAGCCGGCCAAGGCAUCCGCCGCACAUGGACGCCAGGCUCUCGAAAGCCGACACGGCGACGGCGGAUGAACUGGGGGAAGAGUUCGACACGUUUCCGUCGUCCUGCAAGGGGGACGCUCUGAGGGCGAGGUAUGAUCGGCUGCGUUGCAUUGCGGCGAGAAUGCAGGCGGUGGUGGGAGAUUUGGCGACGCAAGGGGAGAGGUUCCAUUCGCUGUUGACGUGGAGGGAUCCGAGAGCCACGGCUCUGUUUCUGAUCGUCUGUUUGGUUUGUGGCGUACUGUUGUUGUUCGCUCGGAUGGAAGUGGUGGCCCUUUUUGCUGCUUUCUAUGUUCUGAGACAUCCGAGGUUCCGGGUGAAGUUGCCGUCGUCGCCGUUCAACUUCUUCAGGAGGUUGCCGACGAAAGCAGACAGCUUGUUGUGA